AUGUCUUCACCUCAACCGCCAGCCACUUCGAACAGUAAUAAUGCAACGAGUUCAACUACUACUACUAACAAGUCAGACAAGAAAACAACUCCAAAACCUCCAAAGUGGAUGAAAGAGGAAGAAAUCGGAAAAGACAAACAAAUUCUUUUAAAAGUUGAGGAACAUGAAUCCCGAAGAGAAACCAUUCAGAGAUUGUGGAAAACAAAGAUUGUGGAUAUAUUUACAAUACCAGAGAAAACCAAAUUUGCAACUGUUUGGGUGUUUUUAUGCUUUCUUGCGACGAGUUAUAAUUUUGUGACUGUAAUGUUAAGGGCUGCUGUUUAUACCUAUGUAAAUCAUCCAUUGUGGACAGGAAUAUGGAUUAUACCUGAUGUGAUCGCUGAUUUUAUUCUACUUUUCGAUUUCGUUUUAUGUUUUUUCAAAAGAAUUUCAGGAACUGACGGAAUUUACAUUUAUGACACCAAGAUAAUCGCAAGAAAUUAUGUGAAAUCUCUCUUUUUCUACACUGACCUUCUUUCAUCGAUACCCAUUGAUUACAUUCUUCUCUUUGCUGAUUUGAAAUGGGGAAUGUGGGCUCGAAUGAUCAGAUGUCUUCGAAUUGUAAGAGUUAACGACUACUUCAGUCAGUUUGAGCAACAGGUUGAGAUCAUUUCUAUAACAGGAAUUCAACUUUUAAGAUAUAUGUUCUACUUCUUCAUUGCCACACAUGUACUUGCUUGUGGAUGGUAUAUCAUUGUCAUGACGGAUCCUGUGCAAACGGUUCGAAUAUGGACAGCUAAAGCCACCAUUACAGAAGAUCGAUCUCUGCAAGCUGCCAUGUCAAGAUACAUUAGAGGAUUUAAUUGGGUAUUAACUCAAAUGACGGGUUAUGGAGGAACAACACCAGUGACAAUAAGUCAGUGCAUUUUCUCUCAGGCAGUCAACAUUGUUGGAGUUGCAUUGGUGAUUCUUGUCAUUGGUGCUGUAGGUAACAUUUUAGAAGACAGUCACGCAGAAAAAGCGAAAAGAAAACAAAAACUCGACUCUUUAAAACAAUACAUGUCCUACAGAAAGAUUCCAGAAGUCAUUCGUGGAAAAAUUGAAAGAUAUUAUCAUUUCGUUUGGAAAGCAAGAUCAGGUUGGGACGAAACUGAAGUCUUACAAGAUCUUCCAUGGUACCUUCAAUCUGAAAUUUAUCUUUCCAUGAAUGCAGAAUUGAUCCAAAAAGUCGAUUUAUUUAAAGUUGAAGGUGCGAAUAAGACAUUUAUCACAUCAAUGGUCAUGGCUCUACGGCCCCAAGUGGUUUUACCAGGAACAAAAAUUGUAAAAAAAGGAGAAAUCGGUCGAGAAAUGUAUUUCAUUUUGAAAGGAUAUGUGCAAGUGGUUACAGAAGAUCCAGAACCCAAAGUACUUGCCACUCUUGAUGCUGGUAAAUUCUUUGGUGAAAUUAGUGUUAUUAUGGAUCAAACAAGAAUGGCAUCCGUUAGAGCUGGUACUUAUUGCGAUCUGUACGUUCUCACAAAGGAAUCUCUGAAACAAAUAGAACAAGAUUUUCCUCUUCCAGUACAAAAAAUUAGAGAAAAAGCCAUUGAGAGAUUGAAUGCCGCCAAGAAAUAG